AUGCCCCUUCCCAGGACCCUCACCCUGGAGGCCUCGGGCCGCCAUCCCAGCGCCAGCCCAACGCCGGGCGAUGCCCCGCGGCCCGGGCCCCGCCUGACUGACAGUCCUGGUCUUGGGUUUCUGCUCCGUCACGCCUGGACGCCUCCCCGACAAAGCCGGUCUUUGUCCUUCUCCGAGGGACAUGUGGACGGGGCUGAGCCCCCUCCUCGAGGUGGCCACGGCGACAGGGCCACGCCUUUUCCUGGUUCCAUUUCCUCCCCCUGCCCGCGGAAGCAGGCGCCGGCCGCCAAGUUCUGCAGGGGUGGCGCCUGGCGGCAGAGCUGGUGGGCAGAGCUGGGGCUGCUCAACCCAGUCCCAUCGGGCUCCCAGGCAGCCCCGGGAGGGGUCGCGGCCUCGGGCCAGACGAGCUCCUGCUGCACCAGCCCUUCCGGGCACAGAGACGCAAACAGUGUGCGCGAGACCCAGGCCCCCACGGAGCGGAGCACAGGGCCCCCCACGCACGGUCGCAGGGCGGACGGCGCCUGGCCCACGUCCUCGCCCGCCCGGCACCUGAGCUUCGUCACCCCCAUCACCGUCCUCCCCAGCAGCGCCCGGAACCCGGCGCACAACGGGCGCGUCUGCAGCACCUGGGGCGACUUCCACUACAAGACCUUCGACGGCGACGUCUUCCGCUUCCCCGGCCUCUGCAACUACGUGCUCUCCGCGCACUGCGGCGCCGCCUACGAGGACUUCAACGUCCAGCUGCGCCGCGGCCGGGCGGGCUCCCAGCCCACGGUCACCCACAUCGUGCUCCGGGCCCCGGGGUUGGUGCUGGAGGUGUCCAACGGCUCCGUGCUCGUGGACGGGCAGCGGGAGGAGCUGCCCUACAGCCGCGCCGGCCUCCUGGUGGAGCGCAGCAGCGAGUACGUCAAGGUUGGCGUCCGGCUGGUCCUGACCCUGCUGUGGAACGGAGAGGACAGCGUCCUGCUCGAGCUGGACCCCAAGUACGCGAACCAGACCUGUGGCCUGUGCGGGGACUUCAACGGCCUCCCGGCCUUCAACGAGUUCUACGCCCACAACGCCAGGCUGAGCCCCCUGGAGUUCGGGAACCUGCAGAAGCUGGAUGGGCCCACGGAGCAGUGUCCGGACGCCCAGCCCGAGCCGGCCGGCAACUGCACAGACGGGGAGGGCGUCUGCCGCAGCACCCUGCUGGGACCGGCCUUCACCCAGUGCAACUCCCUGGUGGAUGCCUCCGCGUACCUGGCCGCCUGUGCCCAAGACCUGUGCCGCUGCCCCACCUGUCCGUGCGCCACCUUUGCCGAGUACUCCCGCCAGUGUGCCCACGCCGGGGGCCAACCGCAGAACUGGAGGGGCCCCGACCUCUGCCCCCAGACCUGCCCCCUCAACAUGGAGCACCAGGAGUGUGGCUCGCCCUGCGUGGACACCUGCUCCAACCCCCAGCGCUCGCAGCUGUGUGAGGACCACUGCGUGGACGGCUGCUUCUGCCCCCCAGGCACCGUGCUGGACGACGUCACGCACUCCGGCUGCCUGGCCCUGGCACAGUGCCCCUGCACCCACGGCGGCCGCACCUACGCCCCCGGGGACUCCUUCGCCACCAGCUGCAGCUCCUGCACCUGCUCCGGGGGGCUGUGGCAGUGCCAGGCCCAGCCGUGCCCCGGCACCUGCUCCGUGCUGGGCGGUGCCCACAUCUCCACCUACGACGAGAAGCUCUAUGACCUGCACGGCGACUGCAGCUACGUGCUGUCCAAGAAAUGCGCAGACGGCACCUUCACCGUGCUGGCCGAGCUGUGGCAAUGCGGCCUGACAGACAACGAGAACUGCCUGCGAGCGGUGACGCUGCACCUGGACGGCGGGGACACGGUGAUCCGGAUCCAGGCGGACGGCGGCGUGUUCGUGAAUUCCAUCUACACCCAGCUGCCCGUGUCGGCAGCCAACAUCACCAUCUUCAGAGCCUCGAGCUUCUUCCUGGUGGCGCAGGCGGGCGCCGGGCUGCAGCUGCAGGUGCAGCUGGUGCCCCUCAUGCAGGUGUUCGUGCGGCUGGACCCUGCGUACCGCGGCCAGACAUGCGGCCUCUGCGGGAACUUCAACCAGAACCAGGCGGACGACUUCGCGGCCCUGAGCGGGCUGGUGGAGGGCACGGGCGCGGCCUUCGCCAACACCUGGAAGACCCAGGCCGCCUGCCCCAACGUCAGGAACAGCUUCGAGGACCCCUGCUCCCUGAGCGUGGAGAACGAGAACUACGCCCGGCACUGGUGCUCCCGGCUGACCGACGCCACUGGUGCCUUCUCACCCUGCCACUCCGUGGUCAACCCCGUGCCCUUCCACUCGAACUGCCUGUUCGACACGUGCAACUGCGAGAGGACUGAGGACUGCCUGUGCGCCGCCCUGUCGGCCUACGUGCACGCCUGCGCCGCCAAGGGCGUGCUGCUGCGCGGCUGGAGGGACGGCGUCUGCGCCGCAUACAUGAGCAGCUGCCCUGAGUCACAGAGCUACGCCUACGUGGUGGACGCCUGCCCGCCCACCUGCCGCGCCCUGAGCGAGGGGGACGUCACCUGCAGCGUCUCCUUCGUGCCCGUGGACGGCUGCACCUGUGCCGAGGGCACCUUCCUGGACGACACGGGAGCGUGCGUGCCGGCCAGCAAGUGCCCCUGCUACCUCCACGGCACCGCGGUGGCCCCCGGAGAGGUGGUGCAUGACAAUGGCGCCGUGUGCUCCUGUGCCGGCGGGAAGCUGAGCUGCCUGGGCACCGCACCGCAGAGCAGCUCAGGCUGUGCGGCCCCCAUGGUGUACCUGGACUGCAGCAACAGCUCCGCGGGCGCCCCGGGGGCCGAGUGCCUCCGCAGCUGCCACUCGCUGGACGUGGACUGCUUCAGCACACACUGCGUGUCCGGCUGCGUCUGCCCCCCGGGGCUGGUGUCCGACGGGGCCGGGGGCUGCGUUGCCGAGGAAGACUGCCCCUGCGUGCACAACGAGGCCUCCUACAGGCCUGGGGACAGCAUCAGGGUCGACUGCAACACAUGCACCUGCAGGAACCGCCGGUGGGAGUGCAGCCGCCGGCCCUGCCUGGGCACCUGUGUGGCCUACGGGGACGGCCACUUCAUCACCUUCGACGGUGAGCGCUACCGCUUCGGAGGCAGCUGCGAGUACACCCUGGCCCAGGACUACUGCGGGGGCAACGCCACCCACGGGACCUUCCGUAUCAUCACCGAGAACGUCCCCUGUGGGACCACUGGCGUCACCUGCUCCAAGGCCCUCAAGCUCUUCGUGGAGAGCUACGAGCUGAUCCUCCGCGAGGGCAGCUUCACAGUGGUAGAAAGGGGGCCCGGCGGGGACCCGCCCUACAAGAUCCGCUACAUGGGCAACUUCCUGGUGGUCGAGACCCGCAGCGGGAUGGCCGUGGCCUGGGACCGGAGGACCAGCGUGUUCAUCCGGCUGCGCCAGGACUACAAGGGCAGGGUCUGCGGCCUGUGCGGGAACUUCGACGACAACGCCCUCAACGACUUCACCACGCGGAGCCAGUCCGUGGCGGGAAACGCUCUGGAGUUCGGGAACAGCUGGAAGUUCUCCCCGAACUGCCCGGACGCCCUGGCGCCCAGGGACCCCUGCACCGCCAACCCGUACCGCAAGUCCUGGGCGCAGAAGCAGUGCAGCAUCAUCAACGGCGCCACCUUCGCCGCCUGCCGUGCUCAGGUGGAUUCCACCAAGUACUACGAGGCCUGCGUGAGUGACGCGUGCGCCUGCGACUCGGGGGGCGACUUCCAGUGUUUCUGCACGGCCGUGGCCGCCUACGCCCAGGCCUGCCGCGACGCUGGCCUCUGCGUGUCCUGGAGGACCCCCGACGUCUGCCCCCUGUUCUGCGACUACUACAACCCACACGGGGAGUGUGAGUGGCACUACCAGCCCUGCGGGGCCCCCUGCCUGAGAACCUGCCGGAACCCAAGUGGGCGCUGCCUGGUUGACCUGCCCAGCCUGGAAGGCUGCUACCCCAAGUGCCCGCCCAGCGAGCCCUUCUUCAGCGAGGACCAGAUGACGUGUGUGGCCCAGUGUGGCUGCUACGACGAGGACGGGAGAUACUACGAUGUCGGCUCGAGGGUCCCCACAGCGGAGAACUGCCAGAGCUGUGCCUGCACCCCCGGCGGCCUCCAGUGCACUCACAGCCUUGCGGCCUGCACGUGCACCUACGAGGGCAGGACCUACGGCUACCAGGACGUCAUCUACAACACGACGGACGGGCUCGGUGGCUGCCUGAGUGCCAUCUGUGGAGACAACGGAACGAUUAUCCGGAAGACCGUGGAAUGUCCCGGAACCCCAUCCACAGCGCCGUUCACCUUCACCAGCAUCUCGACGCCCCUCCCCACGACGGGCCCUGUGCCGAGCUUCUCCACCGUGUGUGUCCUCGAGGUCUGCCGCUGGUCCGCCUGGUACGACGGGGACCGUCCCGAGCCGGGCGAGGAGGGUGGAGACUUUGAGACAUUUGCAAACCUGAGGCAGAAGGGGUACCAGGUGUGCAGCGCACCCACCGACAUCGAGUGCCGAGCGGCGGGGCUCCCCCGUACACCCCUGCAGGAGCUGGGCCAGAAGGUGGCCUGUGACCCCACGCAGGGGCUGACAUGUGCCAACAUUGAGCAGAAACCCCCACUCUGCCUCAACUACGAGGUGCGAGUUCUGUGCUGCGACUACGUACCCUGCGGCCCCUCCCCAGCCCCAGGCACCAGCCCCCAGCCCUCCCACAGCACCACUGCAGAGCACCCCGGGUCCCCCUCCACCCAGACCAGGGUAACUGAGGGGACAACCCAACAAGCAGUGCCCAGCUUCCCAUCGACAGUGGCCCUGACCUCCCAGACCAGGCCCAGCUCGCCCACUGUGACGGUCACCCACUCGGUCAGCUCCCUGGGCCCAGGUUCCACCACCUGUCAGCCCCGAUGUCAGUGGACAGAGUGGUUUGAUGAGGAUUACCCCAAGUCUGAAACGGCUGGCGGGGACAUUGAGUCCUACGAUAAAAUCAGGGCUGCGGGAAGGGACAUCUGCGAGCGGCCGCAGGACAUACAGUGUCGGGCCGAGAACUUCCCCAACUGGACCCUGGAGCAGGUGGGCCAGACGGUGCACUGCAACGUGCGCUUCGGCCUGGUGUGUUGGAACCAGGAGCAGGAGGGCGUGUUCAAGAUGUGCUACAACUACCAAAUCCGAGUGCUGUGCUGCAGUACCGAUCACUGCACGGGAGCCACCUCUGCCCUGCCACCAGCCACGACACCGGGGACAGCCACCACACUCCCCUGGGCCUCGUCCUCAACACCACAGCCUACGAGUAGCACAGGGGUGACCUGGACUCCCCCAGCCAGCACCACAGCCGUGUCCAUCCUCUCGAAGGGACCGACAUCCCCCAGCUACACGACUCCUCCAGUCUCCACGCAACCCACUAGCCCAAGGUGGGCCACGUCCAUCCUUCCAACUCGCCCAACCCUGGAGGGGACCACAGGGACAACAGGCACAACGGGCCCCUCAUGGCCAACCACACCAGCCCCAACAACACAAACCUCGACGGCUCACCUAACAGGCACUGCCAGCACCAUCUCCAAAGAGUCGCUGACCACAGGCCUGGCACUGACGACACACACGAGCCAGCCGCCCACUUCCUACACCGAGACCGGCACCUCAGCCAGCGCCACCACCAGCCAGGGCACGACUGCCUGUCAACCCAAGUGCGAGUGGACAGAAUGGUUUGACGUGGACUUUCCGAUCUCAGGGGUUGCAGGUGGGGACAUGGAGACUUUAGAAAACAUCAGGGCUGCGGGGGGCAAGAUUUGCGAGGCACCGGAGAAGAUAGAGUGCAGGGCAGAGAACUACCCCAACGUGAGCAUCGACCAGAUCGGGCAGGUGCUGAUCUGCAGCCUGGAGACGGGGCUGAUCUGCAGGAACGAGGACCAGGUGGGCAGGUUCAACAUGUGCUUCAACUACAAUGUGCGUGUGCUCUGCUGCGACGACUACAGCCACUGUCCCAGCACAGCCACCCCCACCGGGCCCGCCUCCCCAGCCACCACCUCCCUGGCCACCACCUCUCAGGCAACCAACACUCCAGCCGUGAUCUCCACAGGAAUGACAUCCAAAGGAACCACCUCCCUGGCCACCACCUCAUAUGCCACCACCUCCUUAGGCACCACCACCCCGGCCACCACACCCCAAGGCACAGCUUCGACAGCCACAACCUCCAUAGGCACAACCUCCACGGGAACCACUUCCUCAGCCACCACCUCCCCAGCCACCACCUCCUCAGCCACCACCUCCCCAGCCACCACUUCCUCAGCCACAAUCUCCUCAGCCACCACCACCCCGACCACCACAUACACAGGCACAACCUCUAAAGGAACCACCUCCACGGGAACCAUUUCCAAGGGAACCACCUCCCCGGCCACCACCUCCCCACGCACAGCUUCGACAGCCACAACCUCCAUAGGCACAACCUCCCCGGCCACCACCUCCUCAGCCACCAUCUCCUCAGCCACCACCUCCCCGGCCACCACCUCCUCGGCCACCAUCUCCUCGGCCACCACCUCUGCGGCCACUACCUCCCCAGCCACCACCUCCUCGGCCAGCAUCUCCUUGGCCACCACCUCCGUGGCCACCACCUCCUCGGCCACCACCUCUGCCGCCACCAUCUCCUCAGCCACCACCUCCCCGGCCACCACCUCCUCAGCCACUACCUCCCCGGCCACCACCUCCUCGGCCACCAUCUCCUUGGCCACCACCUCUGCGGCCACUACCUCCCCAGCCACCACCUCCUCGGCCAGCAUCUCCUUGGCCACCACCUCUGCGGCCACUACCUCCCUGGCCACCACCUCCGUGGCCACCACCUCCUCGGCCACCAUCUCCUCGGCCACCACCUCCACGGCCACCACCUACACGGGCACAAUCUCUAAAGGAACCACCUCCACGGGAACCACUUCCAAGGGAACCACCUCUCCGGCCACCACCUCCAGGGGUUCUACCUCCACAGCCACCACCUCCUCAGGCACAAUCUCCACAGGCACCACCUCCCAGGCCACCAUCUCCCCAGGCACAGCUUCGAGAGCCACAACCUCCAUACGCACAACCUCUGCGGGAACCACCUCCCCACCGACCACCUCCCCAGCCACCACCUACACGGGGACAACCUCCAAAGGAACCACCUCCACGGGAACCACUUCGAAGGGAACCACCUCUCCGGCCACCACCUCCACAGCCACCACCUUCCAGGUCACCACCUCCCUGGCGACCACCACCCCAGGCACCACCACUCCAGCCACCACCUCCACGGUCACCCACUCGGCCAGGCCCCUCAGCCCAGGUUCCACCACCUGUCAGCCCCGAUGUCAGUGGACAGAGUGGUUUGAUGAGGAUUACCCCACGUCUGACAGCACUGGCGGGGACAUUGAGUCCUACGAUAAAAUCAGGGCUGUGGGAAGGGACAUCUGCGAGCGGCCCCAGGACAUACAGUGUCGGGCCGAGAACUUCCCCAACUGGACCCUGGAGCAGGUGGGCCAGACGGUGCACUGCAACGUGCGCUUCGGCCUGGUGUGCUGGAACCAGGAGCAGGAGGGCGUGUUCAAGAUGUGCUACAACUACCAAAUCCGAGUGCUGUGCUGCAGUACCGAUCACUGCGCGGGAGCCACCUCCGCCCUGCCACCAGCCACGACACCGGGGACAGCCACCACACUCCCCUGGGCCUCGUCCUCAACACCACAGCCUACGAGUAGCACAGGGGUGACCUGGACUCCCCCAGCCAGCACCACGGCCGUGUCCAUCCUCUCGAAGGGACCGACAUCCCCCAGCUACACGACUCCUCCAGUCUCCACACAAACCACUAGCCCAAGGUGGGCCACGUCCAUCCUUCCAACUCGCCCAACCCUGGCGGGGACCACAGGGACAACAGGCACAACGGGCCCCUCAUGGCCAACCACACCAGCCCCAACAACACAAACCUCGACGGCUCACCUAACAGGCACUGCCAGCACCAUCUCCAAAGAGUCGCUGACCACAGGCCUGGCACUGACGACACACACGAGCCAGCCGCCCACUUCCUACACCAAGACCGGCACCUCAGCCAGCGCCACCACCAGCCAGGGCACGACUGCCUGUCAACCCAAGUGCGAGUGGACAGAAUGGUUUGACGUGGACUUUCCGAUCUCAGGGGUUGCAGGUGGGGACAUGGAGACUUUAGAAAACAUCAGGGCUGCGGGGGGCAAGAUUUGCGAGGCACCGGAGAAGAUAGAGUGCAGGGCAGAGAACUACCCCGAGGUGAGCAUCGACCAGAUCGGGCAGGUGCUGAUCUGCAGCCUGGAGACGGGGCUGAUCUGCAGGAACGAGGACCAGGUGGGCAGGUUCAACAUGUGCUUCAACUACAAUGUGCGUGUGCUCUGCUGCGACGACUACAGCCACUGUCCCAGCACAGCCGCCCCCACCGGGCCCGCCUCCCCAGCCACCACCUCCCUGGCCACCACCUCUAGGGAAACCACCUCCCUGGCUAUUACUUCUUCCGGCACCACAUUGGUCACCUCCUCCACUGGAACCACCUCCACGAAAACCACUUCCAAGGGAACUGCCACUCCGGCCACCACCUCUAUGGCCACCACCUCCUUAGGUAUCACCUCCACGGCUAGCACGUCCUCUGCCACCACCUCCCCAGCUACCACCUCCUCAGGCACCAUCUCCAUGGGAACCACCUCCCAGGGCACACCGUUGAUGGGUUCCACCUCCAUAGUCACCACUUCCACAGGUACAACCUACACAGCCACCAGCUCCCCAAGAACAACCUCCACAGGAACCAGCUCCUCGGCAACCACCUCCCUGGGGACCAGCUCCUUCACCAGCACCUCCUCAGGCAUCACCUCCACGACAACCACAUCGUCUGCCACCACCUCCCCAGCUACCACCACCUCAGGAAUCAUCUCCACGGGAACCACCUUCCCAGCCACCACCUCCAGCGGCACAACCUCCACCGGUUCCACCUCCAUAGCCACCACAUCCACGGGCCCAAGCUCUAUGGCCACCACCUCCUCAGCCACCACCUCCCCAGUCACCACCUCCAGGGGCAUCACAACCACGGGUUCCACCUCCAUAGUCACCACUUCCACAGGCACAAGCUCCACAGCCACCACCUCCUCAGGCACGACCUCCAGGGGAACCACCUUCUCUGCCACCGCCUCCCCGGCAACCACCACCCAGGGCACAACCUUGAUGGGUUCCACUUCCAUAGUCACCACUUCCACAGGCACAAUUUCCCCAGCCACCACCGCCCCAGCUAGCACCUCCCCAAGCACAAGCUCCACAGGCACAAUCUCCACAGGAACCACCUCCUUGGCAACCACCUCCACGGGAACCACCUCCCCUGUCACCACCUCCAAAGCCACCACCUCCUCAGCCACCAACUCCCCGGCCACCACCUCCAGGGGUUCCACCUCCAUAGCCACCACUUCCACAGGCACAACCUCCACAGCCACCAGCUCCUCAGCCACCACCUCCCCAGCCACCAGCUCCUUCACCAGCACCUCCUCAGGCAUCACCUCCUCAGGUAUCAUCUCCACAGGAACCACCUCCCCAGCCACCACCUCCAGCGGCACAACCUCCACAGGUUCCACCUCCAUAGCCACCACGUCCACGGGCAUAAGCUCCACGGGCACCACCUCCUCAGCCACCAUCUCCCCAGUCACCACCUCCAGGGGCAUCACAUCCACAGGUUCCACCUCCACAGUCACCACUUCCACAGGCAAAACCUCCAGAGCCACCAGCAUCUCAACCACCACCUCCGUGGCCACCACCUCCACAGCCACCACCUCCGCAAGCACAACCUCCAUAGGCACAGUCUCCACAGGAACCACCUUCUCAGCCACUACCUCCAGUGGCACAAACUCCAGGGGUUCCACCUCCAUAGCCACCACGUCCACGGGCAAAAGCUCCACAGCCACCACCUCCUCAGGCACGACUUCCAGGGGAACCACCUCCUCUGCCACCGCCUCCCGGGCAACCACCAGCCAGGGCACAACCUCGAUGGGUUCCACCUCCACAGUCACCACUUCCACAGGUACAACUUCCCCAGCUACCACCGCCCCGGCAACCAGCUCCCCAAGCACAACCGCCAUAGGCAAAAUCUCCACAGGAACCACCUCCUUGGCAACCACCUCCACGGGAACCACCUCCUCUGUCACCACCUCCAAAGCCACCACCUCCUCAGCCACCAGCUCCCCGGCCACCACCUCCAGGGGUUCCACAGCCAUAGCUACCACUUCCACAGGCACAACCUCCACAGCCACCAGCACCUCAGCCACCACCUCCACAGCCACCACCUCCUCAAGUACAACCCCCAUAGGCACAAUCUCCACAGGAACCACUUCCCCAGCCACCGCAUCCAGCGGCACAACUUCCACAGGUUCCUCCUCCAUAGCCACCACAUCCACAGGCAAAAUCUCCACAGCCACCACCUCCUCAGCCACCAGCUCCCCGGCCACCACCUCCAGGAGUUACACCUCCAGAGCCACCACUUCUACAGGCACCAUCUCCUCAACCACCACCUCCGUGGCCACCACCUCCACAGCCACCACCUCCCCAGGCACAACCUCCAUAGGCACAAUCUCCACAGGAACAACCUCAUUGGCAACCACCUCCAUGGGAACCACCUCCGCUGUCACCACCUCCACAGCCACCACAUCCUCAGCCACCAACUCACUGGCCACCACCUCCAUGGGCACAACCUCGAAGGGUUCCACCUCCAUAGCCACCACUUCCACAGGCACCACCUCCACAGCCACCACCUCCCCAGUAACCACCUCCAAGGGGACAACAUCCAUGAGUUCCACCUCCACAGCCACCACUUCCACAGUCACAAGCUCCAUAGCCACCACCUCCUCAGCCACCAGCUCUUCAGCCACCAGCUCCUCAGCCACCACCUCCACAGCCACCACCUCCUCAGGCACAACCUCCAUAAGCAAAAUCUCCACGAGAACCACCUCCUCGGCAACCACCUCCCCUGUCACCACCUCCAAAGCCAAUACCUCACUGGCCACUGUCCCCAAGGGCACAACCUCCAGGGGUUCCACAUCCAUAGCCACCACUUCCACAGGCACCACCUCCACAGCCACCGGCUCCUCAGUCACUACAUUCGUGGCCACGACCUCCCCGGCUACCACCUCCCCAGGCACAGCUUCGACAGGCAUAACAUCCAUAGGCACAACCUCCACGGCAACCACCUCCCCAGCCGCCACCUCCAGCGGUACAACGUCCACAGGUUCCACCUCCAUAGGCACCACAUCUGCAGGCACAAGCUCCACAGCCACCACCUCUUCAGGCAUCACCUCCUCAGCCACCAGCUCCCCGGCCACCACCUCCAGGGGUUCCACCUCCAUAGCCUCCACUUCCAGAGGAACAACAUCUACAGCCACCAGCUCCUCAGCCACCAUAUACCCAAGCACAAAUUCCAGGGGCACAAGCUCCAUAGGUACCACCUCUACAGCCACCGCCUCCCCAGGCACAACUUCAACAGGCACAAGCUCCACAGGAACUACCUCCUUAGCUACCACCUUGCUAGCCACCACUGCCAGAGCCACCACUUCCACAGGCAAAAGCUCCACAGCCACCAGCUCCUCACCCACCACCUCCCCGGCUACCACCUCCAGGGUCACUACCUCCAGGGGUUCUACCUCCAUAGCCACCACUUCCAUAGGCACCACCUCCACAGCCACCACCUCCUCAGCCACCACCUCCUCAGCCACCAUCUCCUCAGCCACCACCUCCCUGGCCACCACCUACACGGGGACAACCUCCAAAGGAACCACCUCCAGGGCAACCACUUCCAAGGCAACCAUCUCUCUGGCCACUGCCUCCACAUCCACCACCUCCCAGGUCAUCACUUCCCUGGUGACCACCACCCCAGCCACCACCACUCCAGCCACCACCUCCACGGUCACCCACUCGGUCAGCUCCCUGGGCCCAGGUUCCACCACCUGUCAGCCCCGAUGUCAGUGGACAGAGUGGUUUGAUGAGGAUUACCCCACGUCUGACAGCACUGGCGGGGACGUUGAGUCCUAUGAUAAAAUCAGGGCUGCGGGAAGGGACAUCUGCGAGCGGCCACAGGACAUACAGUGUCGGGCCGAGAACUUCCCCAACUGGACCCUGGAGCAGGUGGGCCAGACGGUGCACUGCAACGUGCGCUUCGGCCUGGUGUGCUGGAACCAGGAGCAGGAGGGCGUGUUCAAGAUGUGCUACAACUACCAAAUCCGAGUGCUGUGCUGCAGUACCGAUCACUGCACGGGAGCCACCUCCGCCCUGCCACCAGCCACGACACCGGGGACAGCCACCACACUCCCCUGGGCCUCGUCCUCAACACUACAGCCUACAAGUAGCUCAGGGGUGACCCAGACUCCCCCAGCCAGCACCUCCCUGGCCACCACCUCCAGGGGCACAAGCUCCAGGGAAUCGACCUCCAUAGCCACCACUUCCACAGGAACAACCUCCACAGCCACCAGCUCCUCAUUCACCACCUCUUUGGCCACCACCUCCCCAGGCACAGCUUCGACAUUCACAACUUCCACAGGCACAACUUCCGCAGCCACCACCUCCCCAGCCACCACCUCCAGAGGCACAACCUCCACAGGUUCCACCUUCAUAGCCACCACGUCCGUAGGCACAAGCUCUACAUUCACCACCUCCUCAGCCAUCACCUCCCCAGGCACAGCUUCGAUAGGCACAGCCUCCACAGGAAUCACCUCCUCAGCCACCACCUCCCCAGUCACCACCUCCAGGGGCAUAAAAUCCACGGGUUCCACCUCCACAGUCACCACUUCCACAGGCACAAGAUCCAAAGCCACCAGCUCCUCAGCCACCAGCUCUGUGACCACAGCCUCCACAGCCACCACCUCCUCAGGCACAACCUCCAUGGGCACAGUCUCCACGGGAACCACCUUCCCAGCCACCAUCUCCAGCGGGAAAACCUCCACAGGUUGCACCUCCACAGCCACCACGUACACAGGCACAAGCUCCACAGCCACCACCUCCUCAGGCACGACCUCCAGGGGAACCACCUCCUCCCCACACACCUCUCUGGCAACCACCACCCAGGGCACAACCUCGAUGAGUUCCACCUCCAUAGUCACCACUUCCACAGGCACAACUUCCCCAGCCACCACCUCCCCAGCUAGCACCUCCCCAAGCACAACUUCCAUAGGCAAAAUCUCCACAGGAACCGCCUCCUCAGCAACCACCUCCUCUGUCACCACCUCCAAAGCCACCACCUCCUCAGCCACCAGCUCCCCGGCCACCACGUCCAGGAGUUCCACCUCCAUAGCCACCACUUCCACAGGCACAGGCUCCACAGCCACCAGCUCCUUGUCCUCCACCUCCCUGCCCACCACCUCCGCAGGCACAGCUUUGACAGGCACAACCUCCAUAGGCACAACCUCCACAAGAAUCACCUCCCCAGCCACCGCCUCCUUCACCAACACCUCCUCAAGCAUCACCUCCAUGGGUGCCACCUCCACAGCCACCACCUCCUCAGGCACAAUCUCCACAGGAACCACUUUCCCAGCCACCGCAUACAGCGGCACAGCCUCCACAGGUUCCACCUCCAUAGGAACUACGUCAACGGGCAAAAGCUUCACAGCCACCACCUCCUCAGUCACCAGCUCCCCGGCAACCACCUCCAGGGGUUCCACCUCCACAGCCACCACUUCCACAGGCACAACUUCCACAGCCACCACCGCAUUAGGCACAACCUCCACAGCCACCAGCUCUUCAGCCACCACCUCCGUGGCCACCACCUCCACAGGAAACACCUCCCCUGUCACCACCUCCAAAGCCACCACCUCCUUAGCCACCAGCUCCCUGGCCAUCACCUCCAGAGGCACAAUCUCAAGAGGUUCCACCUCCAUAGUCACCACUUCCUCAGGCACCACCACUAGAGCCACCAGCUCCUCAGCCACCAUCUACCCAAGCACAAUUUCCAAGGGCACAAGCUCCAUGAGCACCACCUCCACAGCCACCACCUCCCCAAUCACCACCUCCAGGGGCACAACCUCCAGGGGUUCCACCUCCAUAGCCACCACUUCCACAGGCACAAGCUCCAUAGCCACCACCUCCUCAGCCACCACCUCAACAGCCACCAGCUCCACAGCCACCAUCUCCUCACGCACAACCUCCGUAGGCACAAUCUCCACAGGAACCACCUCCUUGCCAGGCACCUCCUCGGGAACCACCUCCCCUGUCACCACCUCCAAAGCCACCACGUCCCUGGCCACCGCCUCCAGGGGAACAAGCUCCAGGGGUUCCACCUCCAUAGCCACCACUUCCACAGGCACAACCUUCACAGCCACUGGCUCCUCAGCCACCACAUUCGUGGCCACCACCUCCCCGGCCACCACCUCCUCAGCCACAGCUUCGACAGGCACAACAUCCAUAGGCACAACCUCCACAGGAAUCACCUCCUCAGCCACAAACUCCGCAGCCACCAGCUCCUUCACAAGCACCUCCUCAGGCAUCACGUCCAUAGCAACCACCUCCUCAGCCGCCACCUCCAGCGGUACAACCUCCACAGGUUCCACCUCCAUAGCUACUACAUCCACGGUCAAAAGCUCCACAGCCACCACCUCUUCCGCCACCACGUCCACAGCCACGACCUCCGCAGCCACCACCUCCUCAGGCACAAUCUUCACUGGCACCACUUCCCCAGCCACCAGUGGCACAACCUCCACAGGUUUCACUUCCAUAGCGACCACGCCAAUGGGCACAAGCUCCACAGCCACCACCUCCUCAGGCACGACCUCCAGGAGAACCACCUCCUCCCCGACUGCCUCCCCGGCAACCACCAGCCAGGGCACAACCUCGAUGGGUUCCACCUCCAUAGUCACCACUUCCACAGGUACAACUUCCCCAGCCACCACCACCACAGUUAGCACCUCCCCAAGCACAAGCUCCAAAGGCACAAUCUCCACAGGAACCGUCUCCUUGGCAACCACCUCCAAGGGAACCACCUCCCCUGUCACCACCUCCAAAGCCACCACCUCCUCAGCCACCAGCUCCCCGGCCACCACCUCCGUGGGUUCCACCUCUAUAGCCACCACUUCCACAGGCACAACCUCCACAGCGACCAGCUCCUCAGCCACCACCUCCGUGGCCACCACCUCCACGGCUACCACGUCCUCAGGCACAACCGCCAUAGGCACAAUCUCCUCAGCAACCACCUCCACGGGAGCCACCUCCCCUUUCACCACCUCCCCAGUCACCACCUCCCGGGGUACAACCUCCAGGAGUUCCACCUCCAUAGCCACCACUUCCACAGGCACAACUUCUAGAGCCACCAGCUCCUCAGCCACCAUCUACCCAAGCAAAACUCCCAGGGGCACAAGCUCCAUAGGCACCAGCUCCACAGCCACCACCUCCCCACUCACGACCUCCAGGGGUUCCACCUCCGUAGCCACCACUUCCAUAAGCACAACCUCCACACCCACCAGCUCCUCAGCCACCACCUCUGUGGCCACCACCUCCCCAGGCACAGCUUCGACAGCCACAACCUCCAUAGGCACAACCUCUACACAAACCACCUCCCGAGCCACGACCUCCAACGGCACAACCUCCACAGGUUCCACCUCCAUAGCCAGCACGUCCACGGGCACAAGCUCUACGGCCACCACCUCCUCAGCCACCACCUCCUCAGUCACCACCUCCAGGGGCAUCACAUCCAUGGGUUCCACCUCCAUAACCACCACGUCCACAGGCACAAGAUUCAAAGCCACCAGCACCUUAGCCACCCCAUCUGUGGCCACCACCUCCACAGCCACCACCUCCUCAAGCACAACCUCCAUAGGCACAAUCUCCAUAGGAACCACCUCCAUAGCCACCACAUCCAUGGGCAAAAGCUCCACAGCCACCACCUCCUCAGCCACCACCUCCUCAGCCACCAUGUCCUCAGCCACCAGCUCCCUAGCCACCACCUCCAGGGGUUCCACCUCCAUAGCAACCACGCCCAUGGGCACAACCUCCACAUCCACCACCUCCUCCGGAACAACCUCCACAGCCACGAGCACAUCAGCCACCACCUUCGUGGCCACCACGUCCACACCCACCACCUUCCCAGGCACAACCUCAAUAGGCACAAUCUCCACAGGAACAGCCUCCUUGGCAACCACCUCCACGGGAACCACCUCUGCUGUUACCACCUCCAAAGCCACCACCUCUCCAGCCAGCACUUCCCCGGUCACCACAUCCAGUGGCAUAACAUCCACAGGUUCCACCUCCACAGGUACCACUUCCAGAGGUACAACCUCCAUAGCCAGCACCUCCCCAGCUAGCAGUUACACAAGCACAACCUCCAUAGGCACAAUCUCCACGGGAACCACCUCCCCUGUCACUGCAUCCAGCAGGACAACCUCCACAGGUUCCACCUCUAUAGUAACCACGUCCACGGGUAAAAGCUUCACAGUCACCACCUCCUCAGUCACCAGCUCCCCGGCAACCACCUCCAGGGGUUCCAUCUCCAUAGCCACCACUUCCACAGGCACAACCUCCACAGCCACCAGCUCUUCAGCCACCACCUCCACAGCCACCACCUCCACAGCCACCAGCUCCCCAGGCACAACCUCCAUAGGCACAAUCUCCACAGAAACAACAUCUUUGGCAAGUACGUCCACGGGAACCACCUCCCCUGUCACCACCUCCAAAGCCACCACCUCCUCAGCCACCAGCUCCCCAGCCACCACCUCCAGGGGUUCCACCUCCUUAGCGACCACUUCCACAGGCACAAGCUCCUCAGCCACCAGCUCCAUGACCACCACCUCCCCGACCACCACCUCCCCAGGCACAGCUUCAAGAGGCACAACCUCCACAGGAAUCACCUCCCCAUCCACCACCUUCUUUACCAGCACCUCCUCAGGCAUCACCUCCAUGGCAACCACAUCAUCUGCCACCACAUCCUCAGGCACAACCUCCAUAGGAACAAUCUCCACAGGAAUCACCUCCCAAGCCCCCACAUCUAGCGGCACAACCUCCACAGGCUCCACCUCCAUAGCCACCACAUCCACGGGAAAAAGCUCCACAGCCACCACCUACUCAGCCACCAGCUCUCCGGCCACCACCUCCAGGGGUUCCAGCUCCAUAGCCACCACUUCCACAGGCACAACUUCCACAGCCACCAGCUACUCUGCCACCACCUCUGUGGCCACCACCUCCAUAGCCACCACCUCCCCAGGCACAACCUCCAUAGGUACAAUCUCCACAGGAACAACCUCCUCAGCAACCACCUCCAUGGGAACCACCUCCCCUGUCACCACCUCCAAAGCCACCACCGCCUCACCCACUAACUCCCUGGCCACCACCUCCAGGGGCACAACUUCAAGGGGUUCCACCUCCAUAGCCACCACUUCCACAGGCACCACCACUAGAGCCACCAGCUCCUCAGCCACCAUCUACCCAAGCACAAUUUCCAGGGGCACAAGCUCCAUAGGCACCACCUCCACAGCCACAAUCUCCCCAAUCACCACCUCCAGGGGCACAACCUCCAGGGGUUCCACCUCCAUAGCCACCACUUCCACAGGCACCACCUCCACAGCCACCGGCUCCUCAGUCACCACAUUCGUGGCCACCACCUCCCCAGCCACAGCUUCGACAGGUACAACAUCCAUAGGCACAACCUCCACAGGAAUCACCUCCUCAGCCACAAACUCCGCAGCCACCAGCUCCUUCACAAGCACCUCCUCAGGCAUCACCUCCAUAGCAACCAUCUCCCCAGCCGCCACCUCCAGUGGUACAACCUCCACAGGUUCCACCUCCAUAGCUACUACAUCCACGGUCAAAAGCUCCACAGCCACCACCUCUUCCGCCACCACGUCCACAGCCACGACCUCCGCAGCCACCACCUCCUCAGGCACAAUCUUCACUGGCACCACUUCCCCAGCCACCACUUCCAGUGGCACAACCUCCACAGGUUUCACCUCCAUAGCGACCACGCCAAUGGGCACAAGCUCCACAGCCACCACCUCCUCAGGCAUGACCUCCAGGAGAACCACCUCCUCCCCGACUGCCUCCCCGGCAACCACCAGCCAGGGCACAACCUCGAUGGGUUCCACCUCCACAGUCACCACUUCCACAGGUAAAACUUCCCCAGCCACCACCGCCCCCGUUAGCACCUCCCCAAGCACAAGCUCCACAGGCACAAUCUCCACAGGAACCGCCUCCUUGGCAACCACCUCCACGGGAACCACCUCCCCUGUCACCACCUCCAAAGCCACCACCUCCUCAGCUACCAGGUCCCCAGCCACCACCUCCAGGGGUUCCACCUCCAUAGCCAUCACUUCCACAGGCACAACCUCCACAGCCACCAGCUCCUCAGCCACCACUUCCGUGGCCACCACCUUCCCGACCACCACAUCACCAGGCACAGCUUCAACAGGCACAACCUCCACGGGAACCACCUCCUCAGCCAUCACCUCCCCAGCCACCAGGUCUUUCUCGAGCACCUCCUCAGGAAUCAUCUCCACAGGAACCACCACGCCAACCACGACCUCCAACAGCACAACCUCCACAGGUUCCACCACAUCCACGGGCACAAGCUCUACGGCCACCAUCUCCUCAGUCACCACCUCCAGGGGCAUAACAUCCAUGGGUUCCACCUCCACAGUCACCACUUCCACAAGCACAACCUCCAGAGCCACCAGCACCUCAGCCACCACCUCCAUGGCCACCACCUCCUCAGGCACAAUCUCCUCAGGCACAACCUCCACAGGAACCAGCUCCCCACCCACUGCCUCCAGCGGCACAAACUCCCGGGGUUCCACCUCUAUAGCCACCACUUACACAGGCACAGCCACUACAGCCACCAGCUCCUCACCCACCAUCUACCCAACCACAACUUCCAGGGGCACAAGUUCCAUAGGCACCACCUCCACAGCCACCACCUCCCCAAGCACAACUUUGACAGGCACAAGCUCCACAGGAACUACCUCCUUAGCUACCACCUUGCUAGUCACCACCAGAGCCACCACUUCCAUGGGCACAAGCUCCACAGCCACCACCUCCUCACCUACCACCUCCCCAGCCACCGCCUCCAGUGGCACAACCUACAGAGGUUCCCCCUCCAUAGCCACCACGUCCACAGGCACAAUCUCCACAGCCACCAGCUCCUCAGCCACCACCUCCGUGGCCACCACCUCCCAGGCGACCACCUCCCCAGGAACAGCGUUGACAGCUACAACCUCCAUAGGCACAACCUCCACGGGAACCACCUCCUCAGCCACUACCUCGCCAGCCACCACCUCCUCAGCCACCGCCUCCCCGACCACCACCUACACGGGCACAAUCUCCAAAGGAACCACCUCCAGGGCAACCACUUCCAAGGGAACCACCUCUCCAGCCACCGCCUCCAGGGGCACAACCUCCAGGGGUUCUACCUACACAGCCACCACCUCCUCAGGCACAAUCUCCACAGGCACCACCUCCCAGGCCACCAUCUCCCCAGGCACAGCUUCGAGAGCCACAACCUCCAUACGCACAACCUCCGUGGGAACCACCUCCUCAGCCACCACCUCCCCAGCCACCACCUACACGGGGACAACCUCCAAAGGAACCACCUCCACGGGAACCACUUCCAAGGGAACCACCUCUCCGGCCACCACCUCCACAGCCACCACCUCCCAGGUCACCACCUCCUCGUCCACCAUCUCCUCAGCCACCACCUCUGUGGCCACCACCUCCUCGGCCACCACCUCCCCAGCCACCACCUCCCUGGCCACCAUCUCCUCGGCCACCACCUCCGUGGCCACCACCUCCUCGGCCACCACCUCCAGAGGCACAACCUCCAGGGGUUCCAUCUCCACAGCCACCACCUCCUCCAGCACAGUCUCCACAGGCACUACGUCCCAGGCCACCCCUUCCCUGGGCACAGCUUCGACAGCCACAACCUCCAGAGGCACAACCUCCAUGGGAACCACCUCCUCAGCUACCACCUCCCCAGCCACCACCUCCUCAGCCACCACCACCCCAGCCACCACCUCCGCGGCCACCACCUCCCCAGCCACCACCUCCUCAGCCACCAUCUCCUCGGCCACCACCUCCCCGGCCACCACCUACACGGGCACAACCUCUAAAGGAACCACCUCCAUGGGAACCACUUCCAAGGGAACCACCUCUCCGGCCACCACUUCCAGGGGCACAACCUCCAGGGGUUCUACCUCCACAGCCACCACCUCCUCAGGCACAAUCUCCACAGGCACCACUUCCCAGGCCACCAUCUCCCCAGGCACAGCUUCGAGAGCCACGAUCUCCGUACGCACAACCUCCACGGGAACCACCUCCUCAGCCACCACCUCCCCAGCCACCACCUACACGGGGACAACCUCCAAAGGAACCACCUCCACGGGAACCACUUCCAAGGGAACCACCUCUCCAGCCACCACCUCCACAGCCACCACCUCCCCAGGCACAGCUUCGACAGCCACAGCUUCCAUAGGCACAACCUCCACACAAACCACCUCCCCAGCCACGACUUCCAGUGGCACAACCUCCACAGGUUCCACCUCCAUAACCACCACGUCCACAGGCACAAGCUCCACAGCCACCACCUCCUCAGUCACCACCUCCCCAGUCACCACCUCCAGGGGCAUCACAUCCACGGGUGCCACCUCCACAGUCACCACUUCCACAGGCACAAGCUCCACAACCACCAGCUCCUCAGCCAUCACCUCCGUGGCCACCACCUCCACAGCCACGACCUCCUCAAGCACAACCUCCAUAGGCACAGUCUUCACGGGAACCACCUCCGCAGCCACCACCUACUCAGGCACCACCUCCAGGGGAACCACCUCCUCUGCCACCGCCUCCCCGGCAACCACCACCCAGGGCACAACCUCGCUGAGUUCCGCCUCUAUAGUCACCACUUCCACAGGUACAACCUCCAGAGCCACCACCUCCCCAAGCACAACCUCCAUAGGCACAAUCUCCACAGGAACCACCUCCUCAGCAACCACCUCCAAUGUAACCACCUCCCCUGUCACCAUCUCCAAAGCCACCCACGCCCCAGCCACGACAUCCCCAUUCACCACCUCCAGGGCCAUAACAUCCAUGGGUUCCACCUCCAUAGUCACCACUUCCACAGGCACAACCUCCACAGCGACCAGCUCCUCAGCCACCACCUCCGUGGCCACCACCUCCACAGCUACCACGUCCUCAGGCACAACCUCCAUAGGCACAAUCUCCUCGGCAACCACCUCCACGGGAGCCACCUCCCCUUUCACCACCUCCAAAGCCACCACCUCCCCAGCCACCACCUCCCCAGUCACCACCUCCUGGGGUAAAACCUCCAGGGGUUCCACCUCCAUAGCCACCACCUCCACAAGCACAACCUCUAGAGCCACCAGCUCCUCAGCCACCAUCUACCCAAGCAAAACUCCCAGGGGCACAAGCUCCAUAGGCACCACCUCCACAGCCACCACCUUCCCAGUUACCACCUCCAGGAGCACAACAUACACGGGUUCCACCUCCAUAACCACCACUUCUACAGGCACCACUUCCACAGCCAUCAGCUCCUCAGCCACCACCUCCGUGGCCACCACCUCCCCAGGCACAGCUUCAACAGGCACAACCUCCAUAGGCACAACCUCCGCAGGAAUCACCUCCUCAGCCACCACCUCCCCAGCCACGAGCUCCUUCACCAGCACCUCCUCAGGCAUCACCUCCAUGGCAAUGACAUCGUCUGCCACCACCUCCUCAGGAAUCAUCUCCACUGGAACCGCCUCCCCAGCCGCCACGUCCAGCGGCACAACCUCCACCGGUUCCACCUCCUUAGCCACCACGUCCACGGGCUCAAGCUCCACGGGCACAAGCUCCACGGCCACCACCUCCUCGGCCACCACCUCCCCAGUCACCACCUCCAGGGUCAUUACAUCCACAGGUUCCAGCCCCACAGUCAGCAGCUCCACAGCCACCAGCACGUCAGCCACCACCUCCGUGGCCACCAGCUCCACAGCCACCACCUCCUCAGGCACAACCUCCGUAGGUACAAUCUCCAUGGGAACCACCUCCCCAGCCACUGCAUCCAGCGGCACAACCUCCACAGGUUCCACCUCCAUAGCCACCACUUCCACAGGCACAGGCUCCACAGCCACCACCUCCUCACCCACCACCUCCCCAGUCACCACCUCCAGGAGCACAACCUCCCGGGGUUCCACAUCCACCGCCACCACCUCCUCAGGCAGAACCUCCACAGCCACCAGCUUUUCAGCCAGCAGCUCCGUGGCCACCGGCUUCCCGACCACGACCUCCUCAGGCACAGCUUCAACAGGCACAACCUCCACAGGAAUUUCCUCCCCAGCCACCACCUCCAGCGGCACAACCUCCACAGGUUCCAACACCAUAGCCACCACGACCACAAGCUCAAGCUCCACGGGCACAAGCUCCAUGGCCACCACCUCCUCAGCCACCACCUCCCCAGUCACCACCUCCAGGGGCAUUACAUCUACAGGUUCCACGUCCACAGUCAUCUCUUCCACAGGCACAAGAUCCAGAGCCACCAGCACUUCAGCCACCACCUCCGUGGCCACCACCUCCACAGCCACCACCUCCUCAAGCACAACCUCCUCAGGCAAAAUCUCCACAGAAACCACCUCUCCAGCCACUGCCUCCAGUGGCACAAACUCCAGGGGUUCCACCUCUAUAGCCACCACUUCCACAGGCACAACCUCUAGAGCCACCAGCUCCUCAGCCACCAUCUACCCAAGCACAACUUCCAGGGGCACAAGCUCCAUAGGUACCACUUCCACAGGAACCACCUCCCCUGUCACCACCUCCCAAGCUACCACCUCCUCAGCCACCACCUCCCCAGUCACCACCUCCAAGGGUACAACCUCCAUGGGUUCCACCUCCAUAGCCACCACUUCCACAGGCACAACCUCUAGAGCCACCAGCUCCUCAGCCACCAUCUACCCAAGCAAAACUCCCAGGGGCACAAGCUCCAUAGGCACCAGCUCCACAGCCACCACCUCCCCACUCACGACCUCCAGGGGCACAACCUCCAGGAGUUCCACCUCGAAGGUCACCACUUCCACAGGCACCACCUCCACACCCACCAGCUCCUCAGGCACCACCUCCGUGGCCACCACCUCCCCAGGCACAGCUUCGACAGGCACAACCUCCACGGGAACCACCUCCUUAGCCACCACCUCCCCAGCCAACAGCACCUCCUCAGGCAUCACCUCCACGGCAAUGACAUCAUCUGCCACCACCUCCUCAGGAAUCAUCUCCACGGGAACCACCUCCCCAGCCGCCACAUCUAGUGGCACAACCUCCACAGGUUCCACCUCCAUAGCCACCACGUCCACGGGCACAAGCUCCACGGCCACCACGUCCUUGGCCACCACCUCCCCAGUCACCACCUCCAGGGGCAUUACAUCCACAGGUUCCACCCCCACAGUCACUAGCUCCACAGCCACCAGCUCCACAGCCACCACCUCCUCAGGCACAACCUCCGUAGGUACAGUCUCCAUGGGAACCACCUCCCCAGCCACUGCACCCAGUGGCACAGCCUCCACAGUUUCCACCUCCAUAGCCACCACUUCCACAGGCACAGGAUCCACAGUCACCACCUCCUCAGCCACCACUUCCCCGGCCACCACCUCCAGAGGCACAACAUCCAGGGGUUCCAUCUCCACAGCCACCACCUCCUCUGGCACAGUCUCCACAGGCACUACGUCCCAGGCCACCCCUUCCCUGGGCACAGCUUCGACAGCCACAACCUCCAGAGGCACAACCUCCAUGGGAACCACCUCCUCAGCUACCACCUCCCCAGCCACCACCUCCUCAGCCACCAGCUCCUCAGCCACCACCACCCCAGCCACCACCUCCUCGGCCACCACCUCCUCGGCCACCAUCUCCUCAGCCACCACCUCUCCGGCCACCACCUCCUCGGCCACCACCUCCCCGGCCACCAUCUACUUGGCCACCACCUCCGCGGCCACCACCUCUUCGGCCACCACCUCCAGAGGCACAACCUCCAGGGGCUCCAUGUCCACAGCCACCACCUCCUCCGGCACAGUCUCCACAGGCACUACGUCUCAGGCCACCCCUUCCCUGGGCACAGCUUCGACAGCCACAACCUCCAGAGGCACAACCUCCAUGGGAACCACCUCCUCAGCUACCACCUCCCCAGCCACCACCUCCUCAGCCACCACCUCCUCGGCCACCACCUCCUCAGCCACCACCUCCUCGGCCACCAUCUCCUCGGCCACCACCUCCCCGGCCACCACCUACACAGGCACAACCUCUAAAGGAACCACCUCCACGGGAACCACUUCCAAGGGAACCACCUCUCCGGCCACCACCUCCAGGGGCACAACCUCCAGGGGUUCUACCUCCACAGCCACCACCUCCUCAGGCACAAUCUCCACAGGCACCACCUCCCAGGCCACCAUCUCCCCAGGCACAGCUUCGAGAGCCACAACCUCCAUACGCACAACCUCUGCGGGAACCACCUCCCCAGCGACCACCUACACGGGGACAACCUACACGGGAACAACCUCCAAAGAAACCACCUCCACGGGAACCACUUCCAAGGGAACCACCUCUCCGGCCACCGCCUCCACAGCCACCACCUUCCAGGUCACCACCUCCCUGGUGACCACCACCCUAGCCACUACCACUUCAGCCACCACCUCCACGGUCACCCACUCGGCCAGGCCCCUCAGCCCAGGUUCCACCACCUGUCAGCCCCGAUGUCAGUGGACAGAGUGGUUUGAUGAGGAUUACCCCACGUCUGACAGCACUGGUGGGGACAUUGAGUCCUAUGAUAAAAUCAGGGCUGCGGGAUGGGACAUCUGCGAGCGGCCACAGGACAUACAGUGUCGGGCCGAGAACUUCCCCAACUGGACCCUGGAGCAGGUGGGCCAGACGGUGCACUGCAACGUGCGCUUCGGCCUGGUGUGCUGGAACCAGGAGCAGGAGGGGGUGUUCAAGAUGUGCUACAACUACCAAAUCCGAGUGCUGUGCUGCAGUACUGAUCACUGCAUGGGAGCCACCUCUGCCCUGCCACCAGCCACGACACCGGGGACAGCCACCACACUCCCCUGGGCCUUGUCCUCAACACCACAGCCUACAAGUAGCCCAGUAGUGUCCAGGACUCUCCCAGCCAGCACCUCCCCCGCCACCACCUCCAGGGGUUCCACCUCCAUAGCCACCACUUCCACAGGCACAACCUCCACAGCCCCCAGCUCCUCAGCCACCACCUUUGUAGCCACCAACUCCCCAGUCACCACCUUACCAGGCACAGCUUCUACAGCCACAACCUCCAUAGGAAUCACCUCCUCAGCCACCACCUCCCCAGCCACCAGCUCCUUCACCAGCACCUCCUCAGGUAUCACCUCCACGGCAACCACAUCGUCUGCCACAACCUCCCCAGCCACCACCACGUCAGGAAUCAUCUCCACAGGAACCACCUCCCCAGCCACCACCUCCAGCAGCACAACCUCCACGGUUUCCACCUCCAUAGCCACUAUGUCCACGGGCACAAGCUCCACGGCCACCAUCCCCUCAGCCACCUCCAGGGGCACAACCUCCAGGGCUUCCACUUCCACAGCCACCAGCUCCCCAGCUAGCACUUCCCCAAGCACAAAGUCCAUAGGCAUAACCUCCACAGGCACCACCUCCACAGGCACAAGCUCCCCAGCUACUACCUCCUCAGGCACGACCUCCAGGGGAACCACCUCCUCUGCCACCGCCUCCCCAGCCACCACCUCCAUGGGCACAACCUCCACCGGUUCCACUUCCUCAGCCACCAUUUCCACGGGCACAAGCUCCACAGCCACCACCUCCAGGGCCGCCACCUCACUGUCUGCCACCACCUCCCUGGGUACCACCUCCCCAUCCACCACCUCAUUGGCUACCAGGUUAUCUUUGGUGACAGGAGCCUCCACCACAGCCACCACGUCCCCUCAGAUCACCAAAACCGUCAACAUCUCCACCACUCAGAGGAGUCUCACCUUCUCCGUCCCCAGUCCCUCUGCCCCCGCGGUCUUCACCACCAGCCCCUUCCAUACCACGGGGCAGCCCACUUCUGGGAUCCUGACCACAUCCACCAGGCCACCAUGGACCAGCAUCCCACACACGGCCCCCCUGUUGACCUCCAGCUCUGGGCUCACCGUUGGGACCACCCUCCCCUCCAGCCGUCCUUCUCCCAGCACGGGCUGUGAGCCUCGGUGCGCCUGGACAGACUGGUUCGAUGAGGACUACCCCAUCCCUGGCCCCGAGGGCGGGGAUUUUGAGACCUAUGCGGUCAUCCGCGCAGCUGGCCACAUCUUCUGUGAGCAUCCCCAGGACAUCGAGUGCCGCUCCGAGAAGGAGCCGGACCAGCCCUUGGAGGCGGUCGGGCAGGUUGUCCAGUGCGAUGUGCGCUUUGGGCUGGUGUGCAGGAACCGCGACCAACUUGGGCCCCUGAAAUACUGCUACAACUUCCAUGUGCGCCUGCUGUGCUGUGAUGACUACAGCCACUGUGCCGGCACUGCCACGGCUACCGGCUCAACGGCAACCCCCUCCUUUGCCCCGGGGACCACUCACACCGCUGUGGUUUCCCCAAGAAGCCUGACAACCUUCAGCGUGUCCACCAGGUCCACUUCGGUCCUCACCACCCUCAGGCCCACCAGCACCCCCUUCUCCCGGACGCCCUGCUUCUGCAAGGCAUUUGGACAGCUGUUCUCCCCUGGAGACCUCAUCUACAAUAAGACUGACAAAGCCGGCUGCCAGUUCUACGCAGUCUGCACCCAGCACUGUGACAUCGAACGUUUCCCGGGGCAUUGCCCCAGCUCCCCACCACCGGCAUCCUCCACUCCUCUGCCCCCCACCUCUCCACCCCCUGGCUGCGAUAACGCUGUCCCUCCCCGACAGGUGAAUGAGUCCUGGACCCUGGAGAACUGCACGGUGGCCAGGUGCGAGGGUGACAACCACGUCGUCCUGCUCCCACCCAAGCCGAUAGCCAACAUCACCUGUGUGAACGGGCAGCAGCCCCUCCAAGUGUGGAACCAGAGCCGGCCCUGCGAUUUCCACUACGAGUGCGAGUGCUCCUGCAGUGGGUGGGGUGGCUCCCACUACUUGACCUUCGACGGCACCUCCUACUCCUUCCUGGACAACUGCACCUACGUCCUCAUGAGAGAGAUCCGCCCGCGCCACGGGAACCUCAGCAUCCUCUUGUACAGCCACUACUGCGGGGCCUCUGCCUCCACCUCUGCCGCCAGCUGCGCCCGCGCCCUCAGCGUCCACUACGAGUCCAUGGGGAUAGUGCUCACCACCGCGACCGUCCACGGGAAAGAGGAGAGCCUGAUCCUGUUCGACCACGUGCGGGUGACCAGGGGUUUCACCAAGCACGGCGUGACCGUGUCCCUGACGGGCGCCAGCACCAUGGGCAUCGACAUUCCCGCCAUCGGCGUGAGCAUCACCUUUGACGGGCACAACUUCCAGAUCCAGCUGUCCUACAGCCACUUCGGCAACAACACGGAGGGCCAGUGUGGCACCUGCACCAACAACCAGAAGGAUGACUGCCGCCGGCCAGAUGGCACCACAGCCCCCACCUGCAAGGACAUGGCCAAGUCCUGGCUGGUCCCUGACGGCGGCCCGGAGGGCUGCUGGGCCCCAACAGGCCCACCCCCGACUGCCAGCCCCACGCCCCCAGCACCCCACACACCAACCCUGUGCCCCCCAGAGCCCCUCUGCGAGCUCCUGCUAAGCCAGGUCUUUGCCGAGUGCCACGGCCUCGUCCCGCCCGGCCCGUUCUUCAACGCCUGCAUCAGCGACGGCUGCCGCACCACACACCCCAGGGUGCCCUGCCAGAGCCUGGAGGCCUACGCGGCGCUCUGCCGCAGCCACGGCGUGUGCAGCGACUGGCGCAAUGCCACUGGCGGGCUGUGCGACCUCGCCUGCCCGCCAGCCAAGGUGUACAAGCCCUGCGGCCCCGUGCAGCCCCCGUCCUGCGACUGCAGGAACCAGAGCCCACCGCUCGGGGGGCUGGCGGAGGGCUGCUUCUGCCCCGAGGGUCAGAUCCUCUUCAACUCACUCAAAGACAUCUGUGUGCACACGUGCGGCUGCGUGGGACCGGACGGGUACCCCAAACUACCCGGCGAGCGCUGGGUCAGCCAGUGCCAGGACUGCGUGUGCGACGAGGGCUCGGUGUCAGUGCAGUGCAAGCCCCGGCGGUGUGAGCCCCAGGCCCACACCCCACAGUGCGACGGGCCCGGCCUGGUUGCAGUGACCAGGCCUCGGGCCGACAAUCCCUGCUGCACCGAGACGCUGUGUGUCUGCAACGUCACCACCUGCCCACCCCAGAGCCCGCCCACCUGUGGGCCUGGGCAGGUGCCCACCCACACCCAGGAGGAGGGCAAGUGCUGCCCCACCCUCAUCUGCCGACCGAAGCUGUGCACCUACAACGGCACUGUCUAUGGGGUCGGCGCAACCUUCCCAGGGGUCACUCCCUGCCACACCUGCACCUGCCUCUCCGCAGACCCCCAGGACCCAGCUGUGCAGUGUGAGGAGGCUGCCUGCAACACCACCUGCCCCCAGGGCUUCGCGUACAUGAGCACGGCUGGGCAGUGCUGCGGGAAGUGCGUGCAGCACGCCUGCCUCACGCCCGACGGCCAGCCUGUCCAGCCCAACGGAACCUGGGUCAACAGCCGGGUGGACAACUGCACUGAGUAUCGCUGUGAAGUCGAGAACGGGCAACAUGUGCUGACCCCACAGCCCUCGCCCUGCCCCGUGGUGCUCAGCUGCAGGGGGACCCUGAGGAGGACCGGCUGCUGCUACUCCUGUGAGGAAGAGGACUCCUGCCAAGUCCAGGUCAACACCACCAUCCUGCGCAACGGGGACUGCGUGACCGAGGGGGCAGUCAACGUCACCUUCUGCGAGGGCUCCUGCCCCGGAGUGUCCAAGUACUCAGCGGAGGCCCAAGCCAUGCAGCGCCAGUGCACCUGCUGCCAGGAGAGGCGGGUCCACGUGGAGACCGUGUCCAUGCAGUGUCCCGAUGGCACGGCCAUCCAGCACACCUACACCCACGUGGACGAGUGUGGCUGUGAGCCAGCCUGUGUCCCCGCACCCACGGCGCCCACAGGGGCCCCUGUCCUCCCAGUCUAGGGGCCCCCACGCCCCCUCCACCUGGAGCCAGGACAUGCAUCACUGACCAGGAAAACCUUAGGCGGCCUGUUCCACGGAGCCCACCCACCGUGGCUCCCUCCACCUCUGCUCACCUUCUGCCACCCCAUUGAGGGAAGGGGCACCCUGGGCUGACGGUCAGUGGGGACCCGCCUGAGGAGGCCCCUGCCCGGGCCCUGCCCUCACGGACCCUGUGGCCUGUCUUGGCCACCUGCCCCUCCCGGGCCCACCACAGGGCUCCCGUGGCGCACCGAGGCCCCGCUGGCCCCUCCAGCAGCCAGAGAGCAGACGGGCCAGUCCGGGCACGGCGGCCACCACAGGGAGCUGUACCAGGCCAGGUGGCCGCCUGCCCACGCCUGCUGCGGGGGGUCCCAGGGCUGAGGGCCCGGUGGCCGGGUCAGAGAGGGCUCAGCACCCAAACACCCCUCUGUUCACCCAGCCCAGUUUUGCUAAUAAACUCUGAGCAUUUGUGCA